AUGGCACUUGAUUACGAAGGAAUUCGGGCUGUUCCAAGUGGCAUCUGGAGUACGGAGCUGGCACUCCGAACACUCCACGGUAUAAGUAUGUCUCCACUGCAAUCCACACCCCUUUUUGAGGGGGAGCGGGUCUACACCAUUUACCUAAAGCACGUCUUCGCCCCAUUUGGCACGCCUCAAGGCCAAGACUGCAGCAUUUUCAUCGAUCACGCCUCGCAAGACUGGCCCCGGAGUCUCCUUGAAGCCUCCAUGGAAAGUCCACGGAGACCCAACAGUCGUCCCAUCCUCGAUCUCGGCCAGACCCGCCCAAGCUCACCACCAGCUGACCGGCGUGGCGCUCGAAUCAGAAACGCUCGCCAAGCACCGGAUCGAAUCGCUAUGCACGGAAGUUAUGCACAGUCGAUGUGCUGCUCCGAUCGCCGGCAUGAGGAUAAAUGCGAGGUGCACAAGACUGGAGGAGUGCGAGGUGGAUAG